GUUUUUCUUUAUUUUUCUUUUUUGUUGUUGACAAGUUACUUAAGCUAUAAGCAAACUGCAGUGUUUGCUGGUUUCUGGUGGUUUCUCGUCUCCUCCCUACUUUCUGCUUCCUGAAAAAUCUCCCACUGAACUCUGAACUUUCUCUUGCUGCUUGCGUUUUGUGCCUUUGCACACAAGCUGCUGUUGGCUGAGGUCUCUGUGGAGCUUUGUCCCUAGCUCUUCUCUGACAGGGCUCGCUCUGUGCUACACAGUUUCUUUUCUUUGUUCCUUUUUGGGCUGAACACAAGAGUCUACCACAGAAUCACAAAUCUCUCCAGCUGGGAAUCAGACAGAGACAGAAAUGAACAGCCCAGGAGGACAAGACAAUGUUUCAGCUUCCCAGGGUGUGCGAAUGAUGUUUUACAUGAUGACACCUAGCGAAACUGCCUUUCAAACAGUUGAAGAGGUGCCUGAUUACGUUAAAAAGGCAACUCCAUUUUUCAUAUUCUUGAUUCUACUUGAACUAGUCCUCAGCUGGAUUCUCAAAGGGAAGCCAUCAGGUCGUUUGGAUGAUGUUCUCACGUCCAUGUCAGCUGGUGUUGUGUCUCGGCUUCCAAGUCUGUUCUUCAGGAGCCUUGAAGUGACAGGAUACAUUUAUAUCUGGGAGAACUACAGGCUUUUUGAUUUGCCUUGGGAUUCUCCAUGGACGUGGUAUUUAACCUUCCUUGGAGUUGACUUUGGCUACUACUGGUUCCACCGCAUGGCCCAUGAGAUUAAUAUUAUCUGGGCAGCACACCAAGCACACCACAGUUCCGAAGACUAUAACUUGUGCACAGCACUGAGGCAGUCUGUCUUGCAGCAAUAUAGUUCCUGGGUUUUCUACUGUCCCCUGGCCCUAUUUGUACCACCUUCAGUGUUUGCUGUUCAUAUUCAAUUCAAUCUCCUCUACCAAUUUUGGAUCCACACAGAGAUCAUCAGAAGCCUCGGCCCUUUGGAACUGGUCCUUAACACUCCCAGCCAUCACAGGGUUCAUCAUGGCAGAAAUCGUUACUGCAUAGAUAAAAACUAUGCUGGCACUCUCAUUAUUUGGGAUAGAAUAUUUGGGACAUUUGAAGCCGAGAAUGAACAGGUUAUCUAUGGUCUAACACAUCCCAUUAAUACAUUUGAACCAUUCAAAGUGCAGUUUCACCAUUUAUUCUACAUAUGGAAUACAUUCUGGGCCACACCAGGAUUCUACCAUAAGUUUUCUGUCCUAUUUAAAGGACCAGGAUGGGGUCCAGGUAAACCGAGACUUGGGCUGCAUGAAGACAUUCCAGAGCUUACAGGACAGGAAGUCCCCUUAUCAUCAGCAGCAUCCCAGCCACUGAAGAUGUAUACUGUCCUGCAGUUUGCGGUGACGCUGGCAUUUUAUGAAGAGACCUUUGCAGACACAGCGGCACUGUCUCAAGUCACUCUCCUUCUGAGGGUCCUCUUCAUUAUCCUGACUUUGACAUCCAUUGGUUUCCUUCUGGAUCAAAGACCCAGAGCAGCUAUUGUAGAAACUCUGCGGUGCCUGAUCUUCUUAACCCUGUACAGAUUUGGUCACUUAAAGCCUCUCAUUCCAUCUUUGUCAUUUGUAUUUGAGAUUUUCUUUUCUGUUUGCAUUGCUUUCUGGGGAGUAAGAAGCAUGAAACAGCUCGCCUCUGGCUCUUGGAAAAAGCCCUAGUGCACAAGCUCUUUCAGCCCUGUCAGCUACCCAUGGUGUACCAUAACUACCCGAAGGA